GCUAUUACCUAUAUGAGCUGGCGUUAUCAUCUGAGCGGCAGCAUUUUCAACUCGCGACUGACAAGCAGCGGUCGCCGUCGCCGACCCUUUGGAGAGCUAUCAGAUCCGAGAUCUGAGCUUAGAGAUCCCCGUACGAUCCGUACCGAUUCGAACCGUUCCGAACCGAUCCCGUGAUCCGUUUCGGGAGUGCCGCGCUUAAAUUGCAUUUUUUUUCUAUUUUUUUACGAUUUUUUUACGAGCUACGGAUCCUUUUUGUGUGCAGUGCCUUCCAUAAGCGAAUCGAGUUAACUACACUUUUUGUUCGAGUGCUUUUGUGCCGAAGGAUAACCCACACCAGCAGCUGGCAUGAUGCUGCUCCGCCUGACUUUGCUGACCUUGCUGGCCGCCUGCUGCUUCUGCGCCGCCCAGGCGGUGCUGCACGGCAAGGAGGUGAAGCGCCGCGAGGCAGGAUUCGACACAUACGGCCCGCCGCCACGCCCCGCCCCGCAGUACGGACCCCCGCCCCAGCAGCAGCACGUGCCCCACCGGGAGUACGGCGUGCCGCAGCAGAUUCCCUUCCGGGAGUACGGACCGCCGGCCAUCAAGUACGGGCCACCCAAGCUCAACUUCCUAAGCGGCGGCGGCGGAGGAGGCGCUGGUGGCGGCAGCUCGCUGCACGAGCAGAUCAAGACCCACUUCGGAGUGCCCAAGCCCUUCUACGGACCGCCGCACAUCCAGCACAAGCCCGCCCCGCAGUACGGCCCACCACCACCGAAGCCGGCGCCUCAGUACGGUCCACCCCCGCCACAGUACGGGCCACCGCCGCCGCUGAAGAUCCAGCACCGCCCGGCCCCACAAUACGGACCACCGAAGCUGCAGUACGGUCCGCCACCACCACCACCACAGCUGCUGCCCUCGCCGCACGCCGCACCGCUCUUCAAGCCCGCCCACCAGCCAGCCACCUCGUACGGACCACCUGCCUCCGGACCGCUGAACCUGCCGCCCAAGCAGAUCUUCGACGCCCCGCCUCCCAACUACGGACCUCCUCCACUGCCCGUCGCCCUGCCCGGCAGCGGAAACGGAAACGGACCCGCCACCACCAUUAUCCUGACGGGCGGACACUCCAGGCCAAGUGGCCCCAGUGGGCCCGGCCCGGUGAAGCAGGUGCAGAUCCAGAUCGACUCCUCGGGACACACGCACAGUGUCAGCGGAUCGCAGGCUCCCUUCCACACGGCCUGCGACGGCUGGAAACCGAUACCGGCGCCAGUGGGCGCCUACGUGGAGCAGAACCACAUCGAGACGCAGGGUGGCUACAGCCAGGUGGCCCAAGGACAUGCUGGAGCCUCCUUUGGCACGCAGUACAGCCUGGGCGCUGGUGCCACCGGAAGCGGCAGUGGUGGCAGCAUCAUCGACGGACUCACUGACGAACAGAUCGUGGCUGUGGCACUCCAGGGAGGCGCCGAUGGAGCCCAUGUGAUCACCGGACCAGCAGGCAACUCCAUUGAAGCGGAAGCCUUGCAGGCCGCCAUUGGUUCCCUGGAUGACUCGUAUUCCAAGCCUCCUUCGGAUUCCUUCGCUCCCGGCUCUGUGCAUGCCCAGAAGUACCAGACCAUCGGACACUCCGGACCCCCACCACCACCAAUUGGUAACUUUGGACCCCCACCACCACCAGUUGGUAACUACGGGCCUCCACCACCACCACCCAGUGGAAACUACGGACCUCCACCACCACCCAGUGGAAACUAUGGACCUCCACCACCGCCCAGUGGAAACUAUGGCCCUCCACCACCGCCCACUGGAAUCUACGGACCCCCACCACCCCAGUUCGCAGCCCUCACCAGCAGCAGCAGCCACGCCCACUCGCAGUCGCAAUCCAAUGUGAACAUCCAGUACGGACCGCCCUCCGGCAAUCCGCAGCCCUUCCCGCAGCACGGAGCCGGCCAGCCCAACAAGCCGGUGGCCUACCGUCCACCCGUGCCCGCUGGGCUCCUGGAGUCCAUUGGAGCCACCGUCCAGCAUCUGGACCAGUUCGGCGUAAAGCCGCAGCAGCAGCCCCAGACCUAUAUUCCCCCCGCGGCCAAUGAGAUUCCCGUUUCCGGAUCUGGAUCCGGGCCACAGCCACUGCCUGCUCCACAGGCCCUGUACCAGCCACCACCCGCACCAUCUGCGCCCCAGUUGAACCUGCAACAGCAGCUGCCUGCCCCACAGCCCGGUCCCGCCUUCGUCCACCAGAAGCCGUUCGGACCUCCGGGACCACCGCCCCCACCGGAGCCCCAGUACCUGCCACCACCUCCACCGGUGGCCAGUGUGCGUCCACUGGGACCACCACCACCGCCAACCCAGCAGUACCUGCCCGCCGCGCCGUCUGGACCGCUCUUCUUCCAGCAGCAGCAGCAGCAGCACCUCCACGCGGAGAACAGCUACAGCGCCUCGCAGUUCCACUCCCAAGGACUGCCUUUGCCGCAGCAGGCGCCCCGCUUCAAUCUGCAGCAGGUGCAGCAGCAGCAGCAGCCCAUCAUCGUCCACGACUGCGGCCAUGGUCCGAAUCUGGUGAGCAGCAAUGGCUACCAGGUGCAGCAGCAGCAGCAGCAGCAGCUGCAGCAACUGCAGCACUUUGGCAGCGUCUCCGCCGCAUCCGCCGGCGCCUACAACGCCAUCUCGCAGAGCAUCCCAGUGGCGGAGCAGCACACCCAGCAACUGGUCACCGUGCCGGCGGACAGUUAUGGUCCGCCGCCAUCCGGAAACGACUUGGACUACGAUCCCACCGGCUAUGCAUCGCAGAAGAGUGCGGUGGCAGCCCUGCCCGACGGCACCGAUCCCCACCAGCUGCCCGGCCUGGACGGACUCGAUGUCCUGUCCGCCCAGAAGUCGCAGAGCAUCCAGCUGAACGGACAGCAGCCGACGCAGAACUUCCAGGUGCAGUUUGGCGGCUCCCUGAACAAUGCGCCUGGUGUCGCCCACGGCGAUGCUAACCACGAGGAGAUCCUGUCGCAGGGUCUGCUGCAGUCCAUCCUCACGGCCAUCGAGCAGCCCGGCCAGCAGCAGCAGAACCUGCCCCAGAACCACAAGGCUCAAAGUCGCUCCGACGAGCACGAGCACGAGGAUCAGGAUCAGGAUCAGGUUAACGCCGAGGAGAACGACAAGGAGCCAGAGCAGGCGAUCAGCUCCUCCAACCGCGUGGAGGUGCGCGUCCUGCCGGAGAAUCCCGACAACGAGGAGGAGACCCCCGCCGAAGUCAAGGAGAUCGAACCGAUCGUGGUCAACGAGGAGGAGGCCAAGCAUUAGUCAGUCACUAGUUAGCAUCGAACUCAUCAGCGCCGCUUGAACCUAUUUAUUGCUGCCUCAUCAUCAUCAACCAGGAGCUGAGAGCUGGGAGCUGGAGCUUGGAGCUCCAACUGUCCCCCAGUUGCCAUAAAGUGAAAGUCCAGGGGACAGGGAAACAAAGAGAACCGAGAAGCUACCAGGCGGAUCGACGUGUGAAAAGUGCCUUUUCAUGCUCGCAGCUCGUGUAUAAAAGUAUCUAAAGUUAUUUAAAAUAAAUAAUUAAUUUAUUAUAGCAUUGUAUUGUAUUUUAUGCCCUAAACAACAAAUAAACAUGUGUGUAUACAGAGAAAAUGCAGAGGAAA